UCCUCGCGAACCGUGGGUACUCUCCAUCGGCGGCAUGUCAGCUACCCUGCACCUGAUAUCGUUCCGGUCAAAAGCGCGAUAGGAGGAUUUGUCUCUUGAAAAUUAUCGGAGCACAAUGGGAUCCAGGUCGCCAAGUCAUGUUGAUAACCUCGGGGUGCAAAACUACGCCGGUCACGGUCGCAGUCACAGUCACGAUUUUGUUGCUGAAAACAACGAGGCAAUCCCGAAUGUGGGAAAAUAUCACAACGCCCGUGACUUUGCUGCACUGGGACCACGGCCAGCACCGUCCAUGACCCUGGAAGGAGCGGUUGGAGAUGGGGAGGGUGGUAGAUUAAGUGACGACCGAUGGUCGAGGCCUCACGUAUACUAUCCAUUUGACAACACAAUGGGCACUAACCCGGUCCGCAUGGACAUUCGGUCCACCGUAUCUACCGCGGAUCUUCCCAACGUCUGCCGUCGUUCGACUGUUCGCUCUGGUAUUUUCAAGACCGUUGACGACUUCCAGGACUUUGAUGUUGGUGGGCCUGGCUGGCACCCUGGCGCAGAACCAGGGCUGGAUCCGAGGAAGGCUGAUGGAGGACAUGCCUCGAUGCCUACUCUUAGUGUACCAUGUGAUAUUACCGUGGUCGACUUCUCACACGAUCGCCUUGCGACAUAUAGGCAUAAUAACGAAACGCUCGCUUCAUUUAUAAGCCUGCCCCAGCCGGAAUGGGUCAAAUGCCGCUGGAUCAGCGUCAAUGGUCUGAGCUGGGAUGUCAUCCAGCUACUGGGUCGGCACAAGAACCUGCAUCGACUUGCUAUCGAAGAUCUUUUGAACCCGCGCAACAGAACCAAAGCCGAAUGUUUCUUCGAGUGUUCGGCUCAAGACGUCGAGGCUCCCAUCAUCCGCCGUCUCCAAACCAAGGAUACCAUCAUCCGGCAGUCUUGCGACGCUUCAAUGGUUGGCCAGGCUAUCAUCGACGCCAUCAUCGACCUAGCGAUGCCAGUGACCACGUGCUAUACUGAAGUUAUUGGCGAUCUCGAGCUCGACGUGCUUACCAAGCCCAAUAUCAAGCACACCAAGAGCCUUUACAUUCUCGUCACUGAGAUGAACAAGAUGCUGAGCUUUAUAAACCCAGUGAUUACUCUCAUAAACGCUCUUCGCGACCACAAAACAAAUAUGUCACAAGAAGCAGCAACCAGAAAUCUUCAAAACCCGAGUCAUGGCGUCAUCAUCACACCGACAACUUACAUCUAUCUUGGAGAUGUUCUUGAUCACUGCCUCUUGAUCACUGAUACAUUGACCCAGCUGAAGGGCUCGGCUGAGGGCAUGAUUGAUCUCAUCUUCAACACGAUAUCGGCAAAACAAAAUGAGUCGAUGAAGCAACUUACGAUAGUCACCAUCAUCUUCCUUCCCCUGACGUUCCUUACCGGCUACUUUGGUCAAAACUUUGAACACUUUCCCGGGCCAAAUCACUCGAUUGACUACUUCUGGAAAAUUGCGGUCCCUGUGGUGUUGGCCACUGGGCUCCUACUACUGGCACAGGCCAUCCACGAUUAUUGCAGAUCGUGGGUGCAACAGCUCCGUAUCGGGCAGUUGAAAAGGGCGCGGAAGAGGCGUCGAGGAAAGAAGCAGACCGCGCUACCUGUUCUGAGUUCGGCAUCAUUAGGAAGCUUAUCGCACCCAGCUCAUGACCUUGUCUUUCUGCGUAAGUUCUCAUGGAUGUACUACAUCAAUGGACUGUCCCAACCGAGCUCGGACGGUGCCACCUUCCUUGCCAACAACCCGAUGACGGGUCAGCACAUAUACAUGUGCGCAUCAGUCUCUGUCGAUGACUACAGUCUUGCCAUCACAACUGCCUACGAGGCAUACCGGUCACGGUCGAAGACAGGUCCUACCGCUAAACGACGGUCUUCUGGAGACUGCCGACAUACUCGAGUUGUACUUACGCUACUAGUAUAG